AUGAGGAACUCACAGCAAUCCAAAUGUGCAUACGGCCUUAUAUUGAUGGCAUUCUAUUGGACUACAGAAACACUUCCUGUUCCAAUUACGGCUUUACUUCCGGUCGUUCUAUUUCCAGUCAUGGGCGUGAGCAAAAUCGGGACCAUGUCAGCGAAAUACUUCAACCCUACAAUCUUUAAUCUGAUUGGAGCAUUAACUGUUGCCAUAGCAAUAGAAAGAUGGGGUGUCCAUAAGCGGUUCGCCUUACGUUUGUUAUUGAUGACGGGGACAUCACCUACGCGGUUAAUACUAGGGUUUAUGUUGACCACAUUCACGCUGUCUAUGUGGUUACUGAAUAUUCCCACUACCGCCAUGAUGGUCCCGAUAGCUCAGGCAGUACUGUCACAGUUACUUUCCCCGAAAUCCUCUCCUGAUAACACACAACUGAUGGCGGAAGGCCGGCCAGGCAACGACACCACGAGUAAAGCUGUCAGGGAUGACGUUAAGAUCAUUGAUAUGCCAUGCGUGGAGAUGAACCUUGAUACGGUGGCUGACAAUGAUAUAGGUUCUAGUACUGUAAAGAUGGCAUCGACGAAGCCUGAAGAAUUCGACUUUGAUGCUCUAGACCCAGAAUCUCAGAAAAUAUGCAAAGCUACGAUGUUGGCUGUGUGUUAUGCUGCAAACUGUGGCGGCGUGGCUACAUUGACCGGAACAGGACCUAACCUCGUCAUGAAGGGACACGCUGAUUUGAUAUCGGAUGGCGACUCGGGGAUAACAUUCGCCACAUGGUUCGUCUUCUCAUUCCCUGUAGCACUCAUCAGCGUCCUUCUGGCCUGGUUGUGUCUGCAAGUCGUUUUCUUCGGAAUACGACCUGUAUUUCGGACCAGUACCGAUGGUAAUAGGAAGAAGGUAAAACAGUAUAUAGAAAGUCAGUACCAGCAGCUCGGUAAAUUAAGUUUUGCGGAGGUAGCCGUGCUUCUUCACCUGGCCGCCUUGAUCCUAGCAUGGUUCACGAUAGAUCCAGAAUUUUUCCCUGGAUGGGGUUCCCUUUUCCGCAAAGGGUAUUUGGGUGGCGCGGUACCAGCCAUGUUGAUCGCUAGUCUGCUGUUCGUGUUUCCGAGUUCGAGAGAGAGGGAUGAUGGUAAGUUCACAGAUCCGUCACGGAGGACAUUACUGGACUGGAAAACACUUAACGGGAAGUUUCCCUGGGGAGUGACGCUACUUCUGGGUGGAGGGUUUGCCCUCGCCCAUGCUUGUAAGGAAUCUGGACUUUCGCUCUGGCUUGCCCACCAGAUGGCAGUGUUAACAGGUGUUCCCAACUGGGCAUUGGUAUUUAUAGUCUGUCUGAUUGUCUCCCUUUGUACAGAAGUGACUAGUAAUAACGCUAUCUGCAGCCUCUUCAUGCCCAUCCUAGCUGAUCUGGGGAAAGGUGUCGGUGUCAACCCUGUGUUCUUCAUGCUUCCUGCUGCUAUUUCAACUUCGUUCGCCUUCAUGUUACCAGUUGCCACUCCGCCGAAUACCAUCGCUUUCUCCUAUGGAUACCUGCGGAUUAUAGACAUGGUGAAGGUUGGUUGGUUGGUGAAUCUGAUAUGCGUGACAGUUGUUUCUAUAGCGGUCAACACAUUGGGAAUGGCGUACUUCCGAUUUGACGUCCUUCCAGAAUGGGCAAAAUUGGCGGAAAUGACGUCACUAAACUCGUCGUCUACAAAUCACAGCAUGAUAAACGAUACGUUGUCAGGGACUACCUCGGUCUAUUAG